AUGCAGGCCAGCGGUUUGAAAAUGUGCGGCCUGGUCGCGCUCGUCCUCUGCUCCCUGACCGUGGGCGCCCAGGCCCAGAAGUGGACGGCCGUGCUGGAGGCCGCCAACCAGGUGCCCCCUCUCACGGAGGGCAACGUGGGCGGCGCCACCGGCACCUUCACCCUCGCCUUUGAGGGCGAGACCGCGGAGUGGACCCUGGACGUGACGGACGUCAAGCGCAUGACCAUGGCUCACAUCCACUUGGGCAACGCCUCCACCAACGGCAACCCCAUCGUCAUCCUGCUGCCCAUCGGCGGCGUGCUCUCCGCUGAGGGCCCCCCCGUGCUUGCCGAUCCCAUCAUCGGCGACUACAGCGUCUCCGGCAACUUCACCACCGACGACUUUGUGACCAGCGCCGAGGGCUGGAGCUGGGAUGAGUUCAUCGCCGCCGCCGACACCGACAACCUGUACGUCAACAUCCACACCAAGAAGUAUCCCAAUGGUGCCAUCCGCGGCCAGCUGAUCAACGAGGAGGAGGAAAUUAUCACGGCUCCCUCCCCCGAGCCCGUGCCCUCUGCCGCCGCCGCGCCCCUGGGCAGGGCCGCCGCGCUGCUGGCGGCUGCGCUGCUGGCCGCCGCGUUCCUGUGA